CAAAAAGGAAAGCAAUCUUCCCCCAUGUCCCUCAUAUUCCCUCAAAAUCCCUAAACAAAAUACAGCGAAAAGCAAAAGAGAAGAACAGAGAGUGUGAAAAUACCACCAAAAUGGCUUCAAGACCUAUUGUUCCUCAACAACCCAGAGGCGAGGCCGUAGUUCACAAGCAGACGAAGAAAAACGUGGCGGCCGGAGAUGGAAAGAGUCGCCGUGCGUUGGGGGAUAUCGGGAAUGUGGUGAACGUAAGAGCAGUGGCCGAUGGUAAACCGGCUCAGAUUCAGACUCAUCGUCCCCUCACUAGGUCCUUUUGCGCACAGUUACUCGCCAAUGCACAAGCCGCCGCCGUGGCUGAGAACAACAAGAAAAACGUAUGUGUUAAUGUGGAAAAAGCUCCGGCCGCCGUGCCCGUGCCGCCUAAAAGAAGUGUUGCUGCUCCUGCUGCUGCACCACCAAAGGCUGUUCAAAAGAAACCGACCGCCAAACCCGCCGCCCCGUCGGUGGAAGUGAUCGAAAUCAGCCCCGAUGUCGAAGAAAUUGUGGAAGUGAAGGAGAAAAAGGAGAAGAAAGACAAGGCUGAAGUGAUUAACAACAAUAAGAAAGUAACUCAAAAAGAGGGUUCACCCAAGAAAAAACAUACUUUUUCUUCAGCCCUUACUGCAAGAAGCAAGGCAGCUGCUCAUGGAAUAGCUAAAAAGCCAAAGGAACACAUUGUUGAUAUUGAUGGAGCAGAUACUGAUAAUCAUUUGGCUGGUGUUGAAUAUGUUGAUGAAAUCUACAAGUUCUAUAAAUCAGCUGAGCAUGAGAGCAUGCCAAAUGAUUAUAUGCACUUGCAAACUGAUAUCAAUGAGAAAAUGAGAGCUAUUCUCAUUGAUUGGCUAAUUGAUGUUCAUCAAAAAUUCGAGCUUUCAGCCGAAGCUCUUUAUCUUACGAUCAACUUGAUCGAUCGCUUCCUUUCAGUGAAAGUCGUCCCGAGGAGAGAACUACAACUUUUAGGCAUGAGUGCUAUGCUUAUUGCUACCAAAUAUGAAGAAAUUUGGCCACCUGAGGUCAACGAUCUUGUAUGCAUUGCAGACAGGGCUUACACACAUGAACAGAUCCUCAUAAUGGAGAAAACGAUAUUGGGACGAUUGGAAUGGACUUUAACGGUGCCUACACAUUACGUGUUCUUAGCACGGUUCAUCAAAGCAUCGAUCCCUGACCCGAAGAUGGAAAACAUGGUGUAUUUCUUAGCUGAGUUGGGGAUAAUGCAUUACGAGACCAUUAGGUAUUGUCCGUCGAUGGUGGCUGCUUCGGCUGUGUAUGCCGCACGGUGCACCUUGAAGAAGACACCAGCUUGGACAGACACCCUCAAGUUCCACACCGGGUAUAACGAACAGCAGCUGAUGGAAUGUGCUAAGUUGCUGGCUUGUUUCCAUUCAAAGGCUAUUGAUAGUAGGCUUCAAGUUGUGUAUAGGAAGUACUCGAGUUCGCUACGUGGAGCGGUCGCGUUGAUUCCGGCAUGCCAGAAUCUAUUAUCCGGUGUUGUUUCUUCAGCUUAGGAAGAACAAAAAAGAAAAAAAACAUAUUGAUGUUUAGGUUUUUAUUAGGAGUUUGAAUUUGCUUUGCUGUAUUCUCCCAUUGCAGCAUUGAUAUGAGGGAUUCAUUUGAACAACAAUGAAUUUGUGUUGGGGUAUUUCAAAAAUAUUGAUCCAUGAAAUACAUAUUUGUUUUGGGGUAA